AUGCUAAGUACAAAGCUGUUGAAGACAAGCAUAGGCGAGUUAAGGUGUUUCAAGAAGGAGAUUCUGAGGAAGGAGAGGUUCCCUGUUGGUGCAUAUAGCAAGCUGAAGCCUAAAAAAUAUGGUCCUUACAAGGUGCUGAAAAAAAUCAAUGACAAUGCCUAUGUUAUUGAAUUACCAGAUUCUAUGGGAAUUUGCAAUACUUUUAAUGUUGCUGAUUUAUAUGAGUUUCGUGAAGAUGAAACCUUUUAUCCUGAACAUAACUCGGGGUCAAGUUCUUCGGAGGUGGAGGGGACUAAUGUAGAACAAACGGCUGAAUGGAUUGAAGAAGAACUGGAGCGAAGAAGUGAAAAAGGACAUAGCAGGAAUUUGCAGAUUUGGCGUUCGAGUUUCGAUUGGGUCGCAUAA